UAUCCUACUUUUCUAUAGUUUUUUAUAUAACUUACUUUUCUAUAUUUAAUUAUUAAUUUAUUAGCAUCUUCUCUAUUCAAUAAUUCCUACUCGUUUCUGUUUCUGUUAUCAACCUCAGACACACUUUCUCUUUCUCAUUAUUCAGAGUAAACAGCCAAAGUCCAAAAACCAUUGUCACUUUUUCAAUUUUCUAAUUUCUCGCCUGCCAAACACCUUCUAGGGCUUUCUUCUUCAUAAAUCUAGCCCCGCCAUGGAUGCUAUUCGAAAGCAGGCCACCAAACUUCGGGAGCAAGUCGCAAGACAACAGCAGGCAGUAUUGAGACGAUUGGGAAGCUUAAGUAAUGAUGCAGCUUUGGUUGAUGAAGCUGAACUCAUGUAUAACCAACAACUUCAAAAUUUAUACAACUCUACAAGGGCAGCUAAGCAUUUUCAGCGAAAUAUUGUUCGUGGAGUUGAAGGAUUCAUAUCCAUAAGCUCAAAGCAAAUGGAGAUAGUAAAAAAGUUGGCUGAAGAUUGUUGCAAGUAUGGAGAUGCAAAUCAAUUCAAUCAUUUGUCCCUUGCUAGAGCCUCCACAUACUUUGGUACCUCUCAUAAUUAUAUAGAAAAGGAGAGAGAAUCUUUGCUUAAGGUUCUUGGUGAUCAGGUUUGCGAGCCACUACGGGCACAAAUAAAUGGAGCUCCUUUGGAGGACGCUCGUCACUUGACUCACCGUUAUGAUAAAUUGCGUCAAGAUGUGGAAGCCCAGGUGGCUGAAGUGUUAAGGCGCCAGUCAAAGUCUAGGGGCCCUUCCGUAUCUGAAGAGAGUGUAAUUAAGCUUCAAAAUGCAGAAGGUAGAUUGGAUGAGCUUAAAUAUUCUAUUAUGGCUCUUGGUCGGGAAGCAACUGCAGCUAUGUCAUCAGUUGAGGAGCAGCAGCAAAAGAUGACAUUCCAUACACUUUUUACCAUGGUUGAUGCUGAGAGAUCUUACCAUCAGCAUGCUCUUACAAUUCUGGAAAAGCUACAUGCUGAGAUGACAUUGGAGAAUCACCCACAAGAAUUUUUAUCAUCACCGUCAGUGAAUGUGCAGAAAGAUGUCUACGAAUCGCUUGGACAUCAGGACGAUAAAUCAAAUGGAUUUGAUGAUCAUGGCCACCUAAAUCAAGAGGAUAUUUUAUUUAUUGCUAAAGUUAUACACCAAUUUGAUGCUCAAGCAGAUGGGGAGUUGAGUCUAUCCAUUGAUGAUUAUGUUGUGGUUCGCCAGGUGGCCCCUAAUGGCUGGUCUGAAGGAGAGUGUAAGGGGAAGGCUGGAUGGUUUCCCUCAGCUUACAUACAACAGCAAGAGAAAGCUCCAGCAAGCAAAAUUGUGUAAGGAGAGGUUUGAAGUGGUCGUUGUGGUUUUCCCAAGUUAAUUUUUGUAUAUUCUCUUCUCUCUUGUAAGUUAGUUUGAGUUAUUUUUGGCUAUCUGUAAAAUACUUUAUAUACAAUGUACAAGAUUCUAUAUUUGAUUUAAAUUGUAUAUGAACGUUGUGGAUUUGAUUUUAUAUGGAUAUAAGAUACAUAGUUUACUGCA